GGCGCGGGCAACCGCCGGGCCAUCCUCGACCGCGGCCGGCUGCAGGAGGCGAUUGCCCGCAUCAUGCUGCGCGCCUCCACGCCGGAGCGCGCGCGCAGCGAGAUCCUGGAACUGCUCAAGGGCGCCUUGGCCGAGGGCCGCGAGGAGAUCCGGCGCCGUUUCGAGGCCGGGGCGGCCGGGCGCACCGUGGCGGCGCUGCUGGCCUGGCAGACCGACCAGAUGCUGCGGCUGAUCUACGACCAUGUGGCCGAGGUGGUGGAGUCGAUCCUCUAUCUGCUCUGGGACCUGGGCUUCAAGGUGGGCCACGCCACGCGCAGCGUCGACGACUGCCUGCGCCAGGCCCGCCAGGAUGCCACCAUCGCCACCAACCUGCUGGACUCCCGCUACCUCUGGGGCGACCAGGCGCUGUUCCUGGAGUUCAAGACGCGCUACGCCGCCGAGGUGCAGGCCGGCAACGGCGCCUGGUUCGCCGAGGCCAAGCUGGCCGAGCGCGACCGCCGCCACCAGCGCUACGGCCAGGGCUCGCGCUACACCCUCGAGCCGAACGUCAAGGAGUCCAAGGGCGGCCUGCGGGACCUGCACACCCUCUUCUGGCUCGGCAAGUUCAUCUAUCAGGUGGACGAGGCCGACAAGCUGGUCGCCAAGGGCGUCUUCACCAAGGCCGAGGCGCGCACCUUCGACAAGGCGCUGGACUUCCACUGGACCCUGCGCUGCUGGCUGCACUACCUGACCGGCCGCGGCGAGGACGUGGGCGACCUGACCCGCAUCUUCUGUGCCCAGAUCGAGGUCGGCGGCUUCAAGCUGGAGGGCGACCGCCUGAGCGUGAAGGGGCCGGAGCACUUCGCCGCCAAGCCGGUCGACCUGCUGCGCAUCUUCCAGGUGGCCCAGGCCCACGACCUGGACAUCCAUCCCGACGCGCUGCGCUGGGUCAGCCAGUCGCUGAAGCUGGUCGACAAGAAGCUGCGCGCCGACGGCCGGGCCAACCAGGUCUUUCUGGAGAUCCUGACCGGCAAGCGCGACCCGGAAACGGCGCUGCGGCGGAUGAACGAGGCCGGGCUGCUCGGCCGCUUCCUGCCCGACUUCGGGCGCGCGGUCAGCCUGAUGCAGUUCAACAUGUACCACCACUACACGGUGGACGAGCACACGCUCUUCGCCAUCGGGGUGCUGCACGCCAUCGAGCAGGGCCGCCUGCAGGAAGAGGCGCCGAUCGCCAGCACCGUGGUGCACAAGGUGCUGAACCGCCGGGUGCUCUACCUGGCG